AUGAUUGGUUUUGAGGAAUUUAAAUUAAUUUCUUGGAAUGUUAGAGGUGCUUUGUAUGCAAAUGGAAAGCUAGCUAUCAGAGAACUCGUUAGGAGCAAGAAACCUGACGUGUUUAUUCUCAUGGAGACUCGUUGUCAGUUCAGAAGAGUCAGUGCUUUUUGGAACUCUCUUGGCUUCUUCCCCAUCCACAUUGAAGAAGCUAGAGGGUUCAGUGGCGGUAUUUGGGUGCUUGCAAAUACCAGUGUUCCGUACAACUUUAGGGUGAUCGACACUCACCAACAGGUGGUCACUUUUGAAGUGUGGAAGGAUAAUCUAACCUGGGUGUGUAGUGCAGUUUAUGCUUCCCCUAUUCCGGCAAACAGAGAGAUUCUUUGGAGACACAUGACCCUGCUCCGGAGAAGGUUUCUACUGCCUUGGUUACUUUUGGGUGAUUUUAAUGAAAUUCUCUUUCCUUCGGAGGUUCGGGGAGGGGACUUUCUGCCGAAUAGAGCAGCUAUGUUUGCAUCUGUUCUUGAUACAUGCCAGCUGGUGGAUUUAGGUGCUGUGGGGCGCAGGUUCACAUGGUUCCGGAAGGCUAAUGAUAGACUUAUUUUAUCCAAACGGCUAGAUAGAGCGUUGGGGGAUAUGGAGUGGAAGGUUGCCUUUCCGGAUGCAGUAGUGGAUGUGCUUAACCGUGUCCACUCUGAUCACUGCCCUAUCCUCUUGCAGUGUGGUUCUCCUCAAACCCUAGCUCAUAACCGACCUUUCAGAUUCCUUGCAGCUUGGGCUGAUCACCCGGAUUUUGCAGCGGUGGUGGAUAACGCUUGGAGAUCCGGUGAGGAAUGUAUUACCUCGAAGCUGGAAAGAGUCCGAGAAGCAUCCACAGUUUUUAAUAAGGAGGUGUUUGGCAACAUCUUCAGACGGAAGCGUCAUGUAGAGGCUCGGCUUCGUGGGGUUCAGAGGGAACUUGAUCGGAGAGUGACCUCAGACAUGGUGCUUUUUGAGGCGGAGCUUCAAAGAGAAUACCGCAACAUUUUGAGGCAGGAAGAAUUGCUCUGA